AUCUGACGCCUUCCCAGUUUGCUAUCUAUCUAUCUAUCUAUCUAUCUAUCUAUCUAUCUAUCUAUCUAUCUAUCAUCUAUCUAUUUAUCUAUUUAUCUAUCAUCUAUCCAUCCAUCCAUCCUUGAUCAAGCUCUCACUAUGUACUUUCUAGUUUUGAGGUUUUAAUUUAGACAAAUGGCAUGGGACCAUCUCUCCUCUCCCAUGUGUCUACUUGCAUCUCCAAGCUGACACAGGAAAGAUUUAUUCCAGGCACAGGAUGCUGGAAGCUUUCCUGUCCCGGCCUCCCUGGGUCUGGGGGAGACAUGGUUGUAUCAGGGCAAACUGAAAGUGGAUCUCCCCUGCCCUUCACCAUCUACCCUAAGGUUGCCUUACAUGUAGAUGAAAGCAGAGGCAAAGCUAUUUGAGAAAGUGAAUGCUUGAGAAUAUGAAAUUCCGAAGACAAAUUAAUUUGGGCAUGACUACAACAUAUUUUUUCCCCCAAAGCUAAGUAAGACAUAAAUCUGAUCCUUAAGAAGUUAACAUAACUUAAGAUCUAGAAGCCAUGUUCCUUCUUAUCUUGGGACCUUGAACAUGCUAGUAAUACAUGCUUAAUUCAUCCUUACCCUUUGCAACACUUAAUCAACAAUGUGACAGAUGAUAUAUCAUCAAUUGCUCAAUGUUCAAUGGAGUGUAAGCUCCAGGAGGGCAGGGAUCAUUCAUACUACAAAUAGCUACAAUUCACCUAUAUACAUUCCAGGCACUGUUUGAGCCCUGCAGAUGCACUUUGCCUCAUAGAACUUUCAGUCUCAUUCCAGGGAUGGGAAUAAAUGGUAUUACUACUACUUAAUAUGGUGGUUGGGUGGCAUUCAAGAUUUCUGAAAGAUGUGAGGGACCGUAUCAUGAGGAUAUCUGGAGAAAGAGCAUUUGGGGAGAGGGAAUGGAAAGUGCAAAGGCCUUGAGGCUGGAACAUGCUUGGUAUGUCCAAGAAGUAGCAGGGAGAUGAAUGUGGUUGAUGCAGAAUGACCCAAUUCUAGAGUGGUGGAAGAUGAAAUCAUAAAAGUAGCAGGUGGCCCUGGCUAUUAUUCUGAGCCAGAGGGGAAGCUGUUUUUGAGCAGAAUUGGUAGCAUGAUCUGAUGAACAUUUCAAGGAUUCCCUUGGCUGCCAUGUGAACAGACUGCCAUGAGCGGAGACUAAUUUCCUAUUACACAGUCCAAGUAAGUGUGGCUUAGACUAGGAUGGUAAGAAGCAGAUGGUCUACAUAUCCUGCAGGAAGAAUGUUGAGCAGAGUACCAUGUACCAGUUAUCAAUCCUGGGGAAGAACUCCAAACACUUCUGCCCACUGCAUCUUGGUUUUGAAAUCACCAAGGAAGACACAACGCAGUCUAGCACUGCGUGGAAUGAUGCUUUACUUAUGGAGACAAGAGGCAGAGCAAGAUCAGCUCCAAUAGUGUGGAUCAGUCCCUCGUGGCAAGCAGGGCCUCCCAACAGCCAGCACACGACAAUUGCCUAUGCACACCCCUCUGGUGCUGCAUUGGAAGGACCUCAACCUCUCUCCCAUGGAGCUGGAAAUAAUGGAAGCUGGGGGCAUGCCUGAGGACCACUGAUAUACACGCUUAAGCAGAAUAAGGGAACACUCACUGUGCCUGAAACAGGGAAAGAUAUGCCCACAUGAGAAAUGGUAAGCCCGCACAGGCUGUGCCCACUCUGUAAUCUCUUGGUAAGGAAGCAUUCCAGACCCAAAGCCCAUUCUUUGAACCCAAGUGGAGGUAGAAAGACUGCAUGAAAUUGCCUUUCCCAACAGUCUGUAGGAUUUGUUGUUUGAGUGUUGGGACUGGCGGGGAGGAGGCAAGAAGGACUCCAAGGCUUUUAGGUAGAAAACUUGAGGUACCAGUUACUGAAGACUGGAGGGGCGCAUGUGUGUGCAUGUGUGUGUGUGCAUGAGGGUGAUCAGGAGUUGGGUUUUGUUCCUGUGGAGUUUGAGGUGCCUAUUAGAAAUCUCACUGAGAUGCAAAGUUGAGUUUUGCAAAGCUGAGUUGUCUGGAAUUUAGAGGAGAGGUCUAGCUGGAGAUAGAAAUUUGGAAGCCAUCACUGUACAUGAGUUUUAAUGCCCCUAGACUAGAUGAGAUCCCUCGAUGGGAAGGCAGAUAGGUACAAGGAAGCUGAGGGCUGAGUCUGGGUCCCUUCAAAGUUUAGAAGUCUGGGAUACGAGCCAGGACCAGGAGAGAAGACCAAAAAGCAGUAGCCAGUCAUGUAGAAGGAGAAGUUAGAGAGAAAAAAAACAUUCUGGAGGCAAAUCGUAGGAGGGUUUUAGAAAGAAGGGAGGGACAAACUUUGUUGAAUGUUUCUGGGAUUAAGUAAGAUGAAGACUGAGAACAGACCAUGGGAUUUGGAAACCCAGAAGUUAUUGAGGACCUGGAUAAGAACUGUUUUGGUGGCGCUAUGGGCAAGCCAGUCUGGGAAGAUUGGGUUCAAGAGAAAAGGGGGGCAGAGAAAUGGUAGGAACUGGAAGGGAGUGAAGAGUCAGGAAGGCUCUUUUCCCUGCCCUCCCCCCCCCCAAUCUGAUAGGAAUGAUCAAGAAGAGAGGGGAAAAUGUGAUGAUGCAAUGGGAGGGAGUGAUUGACUGAUCAAUGACUUGGGUAUUGAAAAAGAGAAUGAAGAUACAGGUUCAAGUGGAGGGGUUGGCUUUAGACAGGAGCUUUUUGGUUCAUCUAUGGUAGUGGGAGGGAAGGCAGAGUAUACAGGCCAGAUGCCCCGAGGCUAGUAGAUGUGUUGUUGGGAGUCUGCAGAAUUCUCUUCUGAUUGCUUUUAUUUUCUUAGCUGAGAGUGAGGAGCAGGCAAGAGAAGUUAUAACACGAUUGUUUAGUUCUCUGAUCGGAUUUCCUCAGAAUUACACCGGGCAGGAAAGUUGAUGAAUGAAUGACUUGGGAAAUGUGGUAGGAUCGCAGAUAGCAUUUGGGCCCAUUGAGCUUGGUUGUCACGCAUUCCAAGUGAGCCAGUCAGAACGCUUGCGUAUUUUUCUCCCACCAAGUUCAGUUGCUUGGAUGAAGGCUCAGAAUGGUUAAGAAAGUGAGAUUUGGUAAGUGUUGUGUUUUUCUCCAGAUGUGUGUUAGGGGAGGAGGAAGAAAGGAUUUGGAGCAUAUGCUAGAGAGUAGUGAUAACAAUACAUAUCAAGUGUAAGCAGGGUAAGAAGAAAAACAAGGAAAUAAAGGGAUUAAGGGACAGUAAGCAAGGGGUAACCACCAUUGCAUUUAGAUUACAGAGGGGUCAGUAAUUUUUGGAACUAACUAAAGAUAAAAGGCAGUGGUUGGAGAGUAGGAUCCUCCAAAUUAAGAUAAUGGUGUAGUGAAUUACCUGUAUGAAGAGAUCUAGAGUAUGGCUGUGGGAGGGAGUGGCUGAGUUAAGAUGAAUUAGAAAGGGACUGAAGGCAGUCAUGGAACUGAGUGUCCAGGACAUUACAGGGGUUUUCUCUGUGGAAAGAGAAUUCACUGAGAACCCAACCUGAAAUACUACUGGAGAGGGAGACAAUGAGCCAGGUGCUCAGCUCUUAUGAGGAAUGAGGGGAAUGUCCGAGGGGUCUAUAGAUGGCCCCCUAACCAGAGAGUUCGGUCUGGCAGCAUGACCUUCGAAACCAAGAGUGUUGUGGGGUUAGGGGUAGAGGUAUGGGAGAUUGAUAAAGAUCAGGGAAGAUUCCUACCCCACCUCUAGGCCCAGUGGAACAAGGGGUAGGAGAAUGAAAAGAACAGCGAGUUCUUGAGAGGACAGCAGAGGAAGGUGUGUCCUUAAGUAGAGCUUUGAGAUUUUUUUUUUAAGGUGGGUUCUAGACCCAUGGGGAUCUGGCCUCCUCCAAGAGCUGCCUCCCUGCUGCAGUCAUGUGGCCCCUUCCUGGAAUUGUCUUUUCUUUGGCCACAGACCCUUCUGUGAUGCAAUAUAUUAUAGGGGUUAGCAUCACACAGGCUUUGAAGUCCGACUGCCUUGAUUCAAAUCCAACCUGCAUUCUUGCUCCACUCCUUAUUAACUCUGUGAACUUAGGUUAAUUGAUUAAACUUUCUGUUCUUCAGUUUUGUCAUCAGAAACACAGGGGUAAUAAUGGGCUUAAUUACGGGGUUGUUGUGAAGAUUAAUGGAAUCAAUAUAGGCACAGUGCUUGGAAUGGUGCCUAGAACAUGGUGAGUGCACAUAUUAGUUCCCGCUAUUAAUAUUAUUAUUUUUAAAAUUAAUAUCCUGCUCCUGGUGUGUUCCUUAUUCUGUUGGGACAGAAAGGGGAAAGAACCAUUUAGGGAUGCAACUGAAGGUAUAGGGAUUUUGCUGAUAAUGGACUAUGGGUUCCAGAGGAUCCAAUGGGAGGAUCUGAGUAGUUAAGGGUAGCAGGUUAGGUGGGGGUAGAGGUCUAAGGGAUAAUAUGAGCUGAGCUGAGGGAGUCUUAAGGCUUCUUAUGCAGAAAUGAGCAGAGAUGAAGAGCAAGAUGGAAUCAGUCCUGUUGGUAUCUCAGGUAAGAAGGGCAGGAGGCACAGUGUUGUGAGGGGCAGGGAGCCCUGCAGUUCCCUUCAGGUCUGCUGCUGGGAGGGCAAGGCUGGGUGAAGGGCCAUCUUGCCUGGAACUUGGAGGUUCCCUCUUCACAUCUGCCAGUGGACAUGGUUAGUGUGGUUUGCAGCUGUAUCCCUGGUAUCUAGCAUGGUGCUUGGCACAAGGAGAGCCCCACAACAUCCUUGCUAAAGUAAUGAAAGACACUUCUGGAGAUGAACAUACUGUCAUGAGCUCCCCAUCAGCUCGGCCUCUGCUAACACCUCACACUACCUUUUUUGGAAAUCUGACUAAUCCCUUGGUCAGAUUCUUUCUGAACUGCACCAGGCAUCCUGGUACACCUCUGUACCUGUGAUGGUCUUGCCUGUAAAACAGUUGUCCUUGUAGCUCACCUCACCCAGAGUUGAGAUAAAAGGUGUCAUACAAUGUUCCCAAAGCUGGGUUUCAGAUUGCCUGAGCAGAUGCUACUGCUGCAGAAUAACCAAAAAUGUUGAAAUUGAAACCAGAAGGACUUGUUGAGCCUUGCCUUUUUCUGAUGGGACAGAUAGUUUCUUUUUUCCUUGGCUCAGUGCUCAAGAUUUUGUGACAUGAAGCCAUCCUGCUGCUGUCCCCCGUGGCUGCCCAUCCUUACCUGCUGUGGCCGUCUGCUCUUGGGUUAUGGGCUGUGCUGAUGAGCUCUGAUGAGCUCAUCGGGGACCUGGGUCCUAGGAGACAACACGUUGCAGACAGUAAUCCGGGGGGUCGUAGACUGGAUGGAAAAUUACCCACAGGCAUAUGCUGUUUGGCUCGCAUACUGUCUUAGAAAAUCAGAACAUUUUAUGUAAAAUUCCAGAUUUAUGGCUUUUUGGGGAAAUCAAAAGGCUCAGCCACACUGACUCUGGGAUCCUCCAUGGCAACUCUUAGCUGGAGGUGCGUCAUGACGCCCCCUGCUGGCAGAGCACUGGCUCUCUGAGUCAGUAGAGACCCCUUCAUGCAUGCUCCUUGUGACUCUAACAUUUAUAUUAUAGGUCUGCUUCUCACUGGGCACUGGCAUUUAAAACUUGAGCUGCCCAACCUAAAUAGAGGGGCAUUUGAGGGCAUGUGCAGAGUGUAAAGUAAUCCGUGAAGGAUUAAUGACUAUCUGGAAUAUUGAUGUGCCGGCCACAGAAUGGCACUUGGACCCUUUCUGGCUGUUUGUGAGAGUAAACAACUUACAUAAUCUCUAAAAAGGAAAAAAAAAAAAAAAGCAAAGACCUAACUAAUUGACACAUUCUGGUCUUCCCGGAAAUUUUAAACUUAAAUCAGGAGCAUGGGAAACUAUUGCAUAAUAUGCUUGAGAACACCGUGGUUAUCAAAGUAGAAAAAUGCCUGAUUCCUCCCCAGCAUAGUGGAGAAUUUCACAGUUCUCUUUACUCCUUCGUAUUGAAACAACACCAAUUAUCACCUGCUGGACUCUUCGUGGAUUUUGUCACUUUGGAAACAAGUCGUGGAGUACUGCAUUUUUUGUGUGUGUGAGCAGUGCAAAAAAAAAAAAAAAACUGAACAAUCUCGCGACCGAGGUUAUUUAUUUUUUUCCCCCAAGAACAACUUAGCCCCUGACUAGCUGUGAUCUUGGGUGAGUUGUUUAACCUCCACAAACCUUGGUUUUCACCUCUAUAAAUCUGAAAGUAACAGUUUUACCUUACAGUGUUUUCGUGAGGAUUAAAUCAACGGUCUACAUAGAAGUGCCUGGCACAGAGCUCUUGACACAGGACCAGAGCAUGGGGACCCAGCUAGAUGGGAAGGCAGGCGCAGGGGACCUUCCUAAAGGAAAGGAUCAGAAACAUUCACAAAGGAAACGAACCAUGUUCACUGAGAAACAACUGGCAGAUUUAGAAUUCUUAUUCAGCAAGAACCCAUACCCCGCUCCCAGCCUUCAGAGAGAAAUGGCCUCGAAACUGGAGAUACAUCCCACCGUACUGCAGGUUUGGUUCAAGAACCACAGAGCAAAAGUCAAGAAAGCCAAACAACAGCAGUUAGCUGGGGUGGAAGUCAAGACCAGCUCUUCCAAGAGACACACGGAUGCCACUCCAGGAGCCCCCGAUGGUGCCCACCCUGCUUCCCUAGUUUAUACAGACCACCCCAUACCUUCCUUCCAACUCAGCAUAUGCUCCAAUUUUGAGGCUCUCCCAGACCAUUCUUUUGGCCACAAAAUAGUCCAUUUCGGCUGCUGCCGAGAUCCUAACAUCUACUCCCUAUGUCCCAUUACGGAAUCCCAAAUUCUUUCCACAAGCUUCACUGCUAAUUCUUUGGGUUCUUCAUCUCCACCAAGAACUUAGUGAGCAAAGCCAGACACAAAAGGUCACCUACUGUAACGAUUCGCAAUGAUUCCAGAUGAGAGACAGAGUUGGGAUCUACGCAACAUGGAGGCAUUUCAGAAACGGGCUUCACGAAAACGAAAGAAGACCCACAAGUGCCUGUGGGGUGGAAUUGAGUGGCAAGAGUCGCUCAACAAACUAUUGCGAUGGGCAUGUUUCAUGUUGUAAUUCGGAUGGCAGGAACCUGCAUGUAUAAAUUCAUCCAAAGACACAGAACUGUAAUAUUGUAUAACAUACACCACAAAAAAACAAUCACGUGACAGGACGAAGCGUCAGCUAAUGCCCGGUGGUAACCAUUUUGCAAUAUAUAAAUGUAUCAAAUCAACACAUCAUACACCUUACACCUGUAUCUCAGCCAAGCUGGAGACAAUUUUUAAAUUAUAUCUCAAUAAAUACAUACAAUGAGAAAAAAAAAAAAAAAAAAAAGAAGUGCCUGGCACAGAGCUUGCCACUGAGAAGCUUUCCACUGAAUCUUUCUGUUCACGGCAUUCAUAAGGAAAGACCCCUAGCCAAGGGAGAACCCCUGGGAGGCCCACACAAGGAAUCUCCGAGAAAGAUGGGGAGAAGGGGACUGAGGUUCUGCCUCAUGGAACCAGCCCAGUCUGGAGGGAGGGUGGCUGUUCAUCUGCUGGUCUGAGUUACCAGCUCUGGGAGACUUCUUUUCCUUCAAGAACCAGGUUUAUAACAUUUCUGCUCAAAACAAUACUUGCCCCUGGGAAACAUGCAAGGAAAAAUUCUUUGGCCACAACUCUCUGGCUCUGAUGUCUAUUUCUUGGGGCCAUUUCCCCAGGGAGGCAGGCAGGCCAAUCAGCCUGGAUUUUCU